GAGUCGGUUUUCUUUGAGCGAUCUCACUUCACGCGAUAUACGCCGUCUGAAAAGGGCCUGUUUACCACACGAGUAGUGUUUUAUUGAUACAUUAUAUCAAUUUCUAUUAUCUAUAAAGCUCAGAUGUAAACAUCAACAAUUAAUGAAAACAUGGAAACUAAUGAUGUUAUAACAUUUCAUCAGUGUACAAAAUGUGAUGAAAUUUUUCAACAUUUUUAUGAUUUAAAAAACCACUACAAAGUGCAUGUUAAAGAAGAGAAAACUGAUGAUGUAGAUGAAUAUUGUCAUGUUAAAGAAGAGAAAACUGAUGAUGUAGGUGAAUAUUGUCAUGUUAAAGAAGAGAAAACUGAUGUUGUAGAUGAAUAUCGUCAUGUUAAACAAGAGAUAACUGAUGACGUAGAUGAAUAUUAUCAUGUUAAAGAAGAGAAAACAGAUGAUGUAGAUGAAUAUUGUCAUGUUAAAGAAGAGAAAACUGAUGAUAUAGAUGAAUAUUGUCAUGUUAAAGAAGAGAAAACUGAUGAUGUAGAUGAAUAUUGUCAUGUUAAAGAAGAGAAAACUGAUGAUGUAGAUGAAUAUUGUCAUGUUAAAGAAGAGAAAACUGAUGAUGUAGAUGAAUAUUGUCAUGUUAAAGAAGAGAAAACUGAUGAUGUAGAUGAAUAUUGUCAUAUUAAAGAAGAGAAGACUGAAGACAUUGAAACAUGCUAUCAGUGUAAUUUGUGUCAUGAAGAAUUUAAAUUAGAAACUGAUUUAGAAAAACACUGUGAGGAACAUGUUGAACUAGGGGAAUGUGUUUUACAACAGGGUAAUAAUUGGGAGACCCGUUUUAGCCAGAAUAAUAACAAAAAAAUACAAAAUUCACAAGGGUAUAAAAAUUGUGAUAUUUGUAAAAAAACAUUUAGUAACAUAUAUUACCUUCAUAUUCAUUUGAUAAAUCAUAGAGAAGAAAAACAUUAUAAAUGUGAUAUUUGUAGUAAAUCAUUCACAUACAGGAGUCAACUUCGGAGACAUAUCAGAAUUCAUACUGGUGAAAAACCCUUUACAUGCGAUGUUUGUAGUAAAUCAUUCACUGUCAGUACCAAUCUACAGAAACAUGUCAUAAUUCAUACUAGAGAAACACCAUAUAAAUGUGAUGUUUGUAGUAAAUCAUUUAAUGUCAGUAGUAAUCUUCAGCAUCACAUGAGAAUUCAUACUGGUGAAAAACCCUUUACAUGCGAUGUUUGUAGUAAAUCAUUUACUGUCAGUACCAAUCUACAGAAACAUGUCAGAAUUCAUACUGGUGAAAGGCCUUUUAAAUGCGAUGUUUGUAGUAAAUCAUUUACUAACAGUAGCGAUCUACAGAGACAUAUCAGAAUUCAUACUGGUGAAAGGCCUUUUACGUGUGAUGUUUGCAGUAAAUCAUUUACUAACCGUAGCGAUCUACACAGACAUAUCAGAAUUCAUACUGGUGAAAAACUUUAUAAAUGUGAUGUUUGUAGUAAAUCAUUUAAUGUCAGUAGUAAUCUUCAGCAACAUAUCAGAAUUCAUACUAAAGAAAGGCCUUAUAAAUGUGAUGUUUGUAGUAAAUCAUUUACUAACCGUAGUCAUCUUAAGAAACACAUCCGAAUACAUACUGGAGAAAGGCCUUUUACGUGUGAUGAUUGUAGUAAAUCAUUUACUAACCGUAGCGAUCUACACAGACAUAUGAGAAUUCAUACUGGUGAAAAACCCUUUACAUGCAAUGUUUGUAGUAAAUCAUUUAGUAACCGUAGCGAUCUACAGAAACAUAUCGGAAUUCAUUCUGGUGAAAAAACAUAUAAAUGUGAUGUUUGUAGUAAAUCAUUCACCAGGAGUUGUUUACUGAAAAGUCACAUGUCAGUGCAUUCAAGCGAAAAACCAUAAUAAAUUUACGGUGUAGUAAGAACUGUUGUCUUCAGUCACACCAGAAAUCACACUGUAAAUAGUAAAAUAAAACUUUUAUAAAAUCUCAA